CGUAAAUGAAAUUGUAUGUUUACAUGACCAAGCCAAUUAACAAAAGCGGAAAUAUUAUUUCUGAGUCAUCGAGUGAUGAAAUAAAUACAGAUAAUUUGAUUACAAACAGAGGAUACAAGGCGUGUAAAAUUCGGAUUAGACAUAUGGAUACUUCUAACGCUGAUAGAGAAGAAGACCAACCGAUUACUGAUGCUAUGAUAGAUAACAUUGGUAAGGAAGUUGAUAUUCACAUCAUGCAGAAAAAGAAAGAGCAGAAGAACCAAGAAAUAAAAACUGUCGUGAAGUACAUCACUGCCUGUUUAAACACAGACGGAGGAGUUGUUAUACUGAAAAAUAAUGAUUGGAAAGAUGCAACUGGCAAAUAUUUGGAUGACUGGUACGGAAUUGUGGAACAAAACCUAUUUGAUGAGUGUAGUAAAUUCAUUAAAUUCGAAGGAACGUAUCAAGACAAAAUAUUACGAUUACGGAUUACACCGCUGCAUUAUCUUUUUUCUGUUGAUAUGCAUCUUUAUUUCCCGCGAAACACAGAUAUCGUUGAAGUAAAAUACACACAAGCCAUUGAAAUCCUCAAAACGAAAGACAAAUCCGGUUCAUUGUCUGAAUUGCCAGCAAUAGUAGAAUAUUUCGAGCACAAAAAGAAAAUGUUCAAAUUGAGCGAGAAUGAUCGAAUACAGUUCAAAGAAAUAAGAAGUGAUAAUGUUCCAAGCAAAUUUAGCAGCACUAUUAAUAAAUAUAUAUCAGCUUUUUGCAAUCACAAAGGAGGAAGAAUCUUGUUUGGUAUUGAAGACAAGGAAUUCAAAGUUGUUGGAGUCGAACUCACCAACAAAGACAAGGAGUCAAUAACAAAACUGAUUCACGAUAAGAUGGACAAUACCAUGAAAUGGGGCUGUGAUUGCAGAAUUUAUAAGAAUGGCAUUCAUUGGAGCAUAGACUUCCUUCCAAUACAAAACAUUACAAAGGAUAUUCCAGAUGGGAAAACUUUAGAGGUUAUCGUGGUGUCCGUAUGUAGGUAUCCAGGAGGAGUAUUUACAGACACACCAAAGGCGUAUUACAUCAGGGAAGAUGGAGCAAUCCAACAGUUUACAUUUGAAGAAUGGAAGACCAGAAUGUUUACUUCAUACAAAGAUGCUCCUUUCACUAAAGAAGGUGGAAUUGAAAUUCAAAGAUCCCUUGCUUACAUGUCAAAUGAAAUAUCGAUUAUAAAAGACAAAGUAAUUAGCGGAAAUUUAGCUUCUCAAACAGCAGAAAUUAAUCAAACUGAGACAACACCACAAGAAGAAUCUCAGAACUGCACAGCUAAAAAAAGACAAGUGGCUUUGCCUGAAACAGAAACUACUAUCAGCAAACCAAAAAUCCUUGUUUCUCCUAUUGCUAGACCAACAGAUCCCGAAAACACUUGUCUUCAAACUAAAUCAAGAAAAGAAGCAAAAUCAACAGUAGAUGACUUACAAGAGUUACAGGUCAGAUAUUGGACAAGUAAACUUGAAAAACAGGAGAAAGAAAAGAGAAAACUAGACCUAGAGAAUGAGAGUCUUGAAAAGCGGGCGUCUCAUGAACAGAACCAAUCAAUGCCAUUUGAACAGAUCCGGGAAGCAAUUGGAUUGAUAGCUGAUCAAACUGAGGAAACAUCGCAGGAAGAAUCUCUGAAUGGUUCAAAAUUAAAUUGCACAGCUACAAAAAGACAAGUAUUAUUGCCUGAAAUAGAAACUACCAGCAACAAACCGAAAAUCCUUGUUCCUCCUCUUGCUAGACCAACAGAUCCUGAAAACACUUGUCUUCAACAUGAACCAAUAAAGGAAGCAAAAUCAACAGCAGAUGUCAUGCAAGAGUUACAGGUUAAAGUAUUAACAAGUAAACUGGAAAAACUGGAGAAAAAAAAGAAGAAAUUAGACCUUGAAAUUGGAUUUCUCGAAAGACGGGAGUCUCAAAAUCAGAACAAUUUGAUGACAUUUGAACAGUUCUUUGAGGCACUUCACUUGACAGUUGACAAAACAGCUGUAAUAAGACAAGUGACAUUGCCUCAACCAAAAACGACAAGCAGUCGAAAAAUUGCAAAUGUUACCCCUCUGGAAAGACAAACAGAUUCUGAAGAGUUUUUUUCUUCAAACUGAAACAACAUCUGUGUUGCAAGAACAGGUAUUGGAGAUGUAAACUGAAAAAAAACUAGUUAAAGAAAAGAAGAAACUGGAUCUUGAAAAUGAACGUCCCAAAAGACUUCGUUUAAAGAACAGAACCAAACAACGACAACAAAACAGUUCUUCGGGGCACUUUAAUCAAGCACCAAAAGAACAUUGUUCUUCUUUUCCUCUAUUCUUUGUUCUUCGAAAUAUACAAUAAAGGCAACAGUAGUA